AUGUCUAACACAUUACUUAUAAAAAGAGAUGAGCACGGCGAAAAUAGAUUUCUGAAACUUUCAAAAUUCUAUUAAGUAUGCAACUAAAAAUUUGAAGAUGGAUUUGAAGAAUUUAAAGAGAAUAUAAAAUAAUCAAAGAAUCAAACAUUAAUAAAAAGACAAAGUGAGUAUAUGGGUUACUUAAAAUUAACAGGAUCUACAUUAACAUAGAUGGUAGAAUAAUGUGAAAAACUCGCUGCUUUAUUGUAAACAUCUAAGUAUGAAGGUGAAAAGGCAAAUUUUGAAAUGUAUUUUUAUCAUAGCUUUUAAAUUUUGGACUACUUUAGGAAUAACUACAUUAAGAAAGAAGAUUAAAAUGAUAAUAGAGCUAAAAAAAAUGUUUUGCGUCAAGUGAUUAAUGUUCUAUUUUUAAAAAACUAAGGACAUUUAUUAGUUUAUGAUCUAUUUAUAGGAUGGACUACAUAUUACAGUUAGAUAUUUGAUGGAUCUGCUGAAAAUUAGGAUAAAAAAGUACCACUACUUGAAUUUUCUGGUAAAAGUAGAAUCCUUUAUGAUUAAACUUUCAUGAAAACCUCUUUUGCAUUAUGUGGAUUGAUAUGCAUAAAUCCAAUUAAUUUAAUCUAAUUUGUUAGAGAUUCUAGAAAAUAAGAAUUGCACUAUUAAAAGCUAAAAAAUUCAUAUAAAAAUAUUAUAAAUUUAGAUAUAGAGUAACAAGAUUAUUACUGGCACUUUAUAGAUACAUUUUGUCACCAUGCAAAAUAACAAAAGCUAUACAAUCAUAUUAAUAUUCAAGCUUUAUUAUCUUUCAUAGAAUUAUCAUAUAUUUAAAUGAAAGCAGCUUCUGAUAGUUUUUCUACAUCAAGUGAAUUACAUUAACUUACCCUCUGUGCAAAUAAAAAUGAAUAUAAAUAACUAUUUUAAUUCAUAUAAGAAAUAAUUAUUCCUUACUUAAAAGAUCAGUUAGAAAAGUUAAAAAAACCAGAAAAUUAAGACUAUAUCUUCAAAUAGAUCGAUUUAAAUACAAUAAAUAAUUUAGAAAAUUCAUUUAGAAUAAUUAGAGAGAAAAUGAGUAACUAUAAUAAUAAGAGAUUAUUUUAAAAUGAAGUAAUUGGCGAUGACGUUGAAGAUUAAGAAGAAAAAGGAAUUAAAACUGUAAUAAAUAAUCCUUUUUACUUUUUAUAAAUAUGA